AGGGCGAAGGGAGUGAAGCCAGGAACGUCCAGGAACAUCUUUAGCGAUUUUUUUUGUUUUUUCUGACAGGAGAGAGACAUUAUCAGAGGACCUACGCUCUCUCACGCAGUCACCACGUUUGGACCAGGCCUGCUCUUUGUACGCGUGCGUUUGGUGUGAGGAGAGACGAUGUGGCGGGCCGCAGUCGGACAAAACGUGAGCGUGAAUUUGGACGACGGAGGAGACGACUGGGAGACAGACCCAGACUUUGAGAACGAUGUCUCAGAGAAGGAGCAGCGUUGGGGGGCAAAGACAGUGGAAGGUUCAGGACACCAGGAGCACAUCAAUAUUCACCAUCUGCGUGAGACGGUCUCCACGGAGCACACCAAACUGAAGGAGCAGGAGCUGGACUCUAUGCCCAAAGCCUCACACGGAUACGGAGGAAAGUUUGGAGUGCAGCAGGAUCGCAUGGACAAGUCUGCGGUGGGUCACGAGUACCAGAGCAAACUGUCCAAGCACUGCUCCCAGACAGACACUUCUAAAGGGUUCGGAGGGAAGUACGGAGUGCAGGCGGAUCGUGUCGACCAGUCGGCUGUGGGCUUUGAAUACGCUGGAAAAACGGAGAAACACGCUUCACAGAAAGACUACGCGACUGGUUUUGGCGGGCGGUACGGCGUUCAGAAGGACAGAGUGGACCAGAGCGCGGUGGGAUUCGAUUAUCAGGGAAAAACUGAGAAACACGAAUCUCAGAAAGAUUAUUCUAAAGGAUUCGGAGGGAAGUUUGGCGUGGAGACGGACAAAGUGGACAAAAGUGCUGUGGGCUUCGAGUAUCAGGGAAAAACAGAGCGCCACGAGUCCCAGAAAGAUUACGUGAAAGGUUUUGGGGGUAAGUUUGGCGUGCAGGCGGAUCGUCAGGAUAAGUCUGCUCUGGGCUGGGACCAUCAGGAGAAACUACAGCUGCACGAGUCUCAGAAAGACUAUAAGCGUGGUUUUGGAGGGCGUUAUGGGGUAGAGACAGAGAGACAGGACCCAUCGGCUUUGGGCUUUGAACACAAGGAGAAACUGUCCAAACACGAGUCUCAAACAGAUUAUUCUGUUGGAUUUGGGGGGAAAUUUGGAGUCCAGAAUGAUCGCAUGGACAAGAGCGCAGGGACAUUUGAGGAUGUGGAGAAACCUGCUUCCUCCUACCAGAAAACCAAACCUGUGGAGGCUGCCAGCAGCAGCGCGGGCAACAUAAAGGCUCGGUUUGAGAACAUCGCCAGACAGAAAGAGGAGGAGGACAGGAAGAGGGCGGACGAGGAGAGGGCCAGACGUCAGGCCCGAGAGAAGAUGGAGCAGGAAGAACAGCGCCGCAAAGUCCAACAGGCCCCGAAGACGCCGUCCCCUGUGCCCAGCCCCUCCCCUCAGCCGGAGCCGGAGCCAGAGCCAGAGCCAGAGAACUUGUAUCAGAACAUCCAUGAGGUGGAGGAAGCGUCUGGGGAGAACGGACAGGAGCACAUUUACGAAGCAGAUCCUGAACCGGAGAGGAGCUACCACACAGAGGACAACACAGCUACAGAGACUCCACAGUACGAUUAUGGAGAGGACCUGGGGAUCACGGCAGUGGCUCUGUACGACUACCAGGCCGCUGGUGAUGAUGAGAUUUCCUUUGACCCUGACGACAUCAUCACGAACAUCGAGAUGAUCGACGAGGGCUGGUGGAGAGGAGUCUGCCGCGGCGCUUACGGUCUGUUCCCCGCCAACUACGUGGAGCGGCAGUAACGGCGCCCCCUGCAGUCCAGACUCCCCCCCUGCACCCCUGCACCACAUCUGUGUGUCUGUCUCCUUCAUGUUUGAGUUCUAGCGCUAAGACACUGUGAGACAUCCUCAGGUCUCCACAUGUUUCCGCAGUAGGUAAUUUAAAAACCUGGGCUAAAAUCCAGCUUUAAUUAUGUUUUUAAGCUCAAAUAAUUUGCAGUUUUUUCUUUGCGUAUUAGGGAUUUUAAUUUUCACCAAAGACCAGAGUGACAAGAUAGAGAGACGUAUGUUUUCAAAUGAUCAUUUUUGGAGAUUUUUCCGAUAUAUAAACCCAAUUUCUAAAAAGGUUGGAUCAAUGUGUAAAAUAUGUUAAAAACUAAAUAUUUAAAUCAUUUCUUGUACAUAUCAAAGCAUUUAUUGAAAGGACAAAUGCUUACACUAGUAUUUUUAUAGUAAUGGAGACUGUAUACAGAUCAGGGGUCUCCAAUCUGUAGCUCGGGAUCUACUGUAGCCCACAUAAAAUCAAUUUGAGGUCAGUAAGCACAAUCAGAAUUACCGCGUUUUUCGGACUAUAAGCACCAGCCAAAAAAUAUGUAAUGAACAACAGACUGUUAACGUCACACAUGAACAGUUCUUUAGAUAACUAUAGCAUAAACAACAGAACAGAACAAGUUUACCAAACUCUCCAUCUCACUCCAAAUCACUAAAUCCAUUCAAUUCUUCAUCCUCGGUGUCACUUCUGAGCAACUCCACGACCUCCAGAGGUAAACAGAGCGCCGCUUCCUCUUCUGUGUCGCUGUCGUCAGACUCAGCAUCAGUUCCAGUUAGAAUUAUUCGGGUCUUUCUGAAUCCCGACAGGAUGGUUUCGGUGUCACUGAAGUCCAGGCUUUGUCCAUCCAUCCAGUGACUUCCAGGAAAGUUGCCGUGAAGCUGUGUUCUCCAUCCCCGCUUUCCGCCAGUCCCUCACAAGUUUCUCGCUCACUCCAGACUUUCUUUCUGCUGCUCGAUUACUGUUUUUAGCUGCAUAUUUCACUACUUGCAGCAGGACAGGAGGCUCUUUCUGCAGGAGACAUGCGCAAGUAGACAGUGGAACAGGAGCAGCAGAAUACUGACACACAAGACUAGAGCCUCUUGCGGCUGUUAGUGUGAAAAUUUUAAUGUAUAAGUCGCAGGAAACACCCAAACCAUGAAAAAAAGUGUGACUUAUAGUCCCAAAAAUAUGGUAAUACUUAAAGCGCACUGUUCGAUUUUUGAGAAAAUUAAAGGAUUUUAAGUGCGCCUUUAUAGUCCGAAAAAAACAAGUAGUGCGCUGAAUGACUCAAUUUGAUGAACUACCAUUGUAAAUUUAUAA